ACGUCCCGCUGCGGGCGGCGAGUCGCGGAUGACGCCGCGGCGGGGCGGCAGGCGGGCCCGGGGCGCGGCGGCGGUGCGGCGAUGCGGGAGGGCGGCGAGGGGCCUCCGGCCAAGCGGCUGAAGGCGGCGCUGCCCCCGCCGCGCCCCGCCAUGCUGCACAACUCCCCGGCGCCGCGCCGCCGCCCGCCGCCCGCAGACUGCCAGCGCCGCCGCCUGCCCAUCUCCCAGGCGCGGGGGCCGCUGCUCGGCCAGCUCCGCGGCCUCGACAGCGCCGUCCUCAUCGGAGAAACGGGCUCAGGGAAGACCACUCAGCUCCCUCAGUACCUCUAUGAAGCAGGAAUUGGCCGCCAAGGCAUCAUUGCUGUGACCCAGCCUCGCAGAGUAGCAGCUAUAUCCUUAGCGACUAGAGUCUCGGAUGAGAAGAAGACAGAGCUGGGGAAACUGGUUGGCUAUACUGUACGCUUCGAUGAUCUUACAUCUGAUGAAACUAGAAUCAAGUUUUUAACAGAUGGAAUGCUGCUUCGCGAAGCUAUUGGGGACCCUAUGCUGCGGAAGUACAGCGUUGUCAUCCUGGACGAAGCCCAUGAGAGGACGAUCCAUACUGAUGUACUCUUUGGAGUGGUGAAAGCUGCACAAAAGAAACGAAAGGAACUGGGCAAACUGCCACUGAAAGUGGUUGUCAUGUCAGCUACGAUGGAUGUUGACCAGUUCUCCCAGUACUUCAAUGGAGCUCCUGUUCUCUAUUUAGAAGGCCGGCAACAUCCAAUUCAGAUCUUUUACACCAAACAGCCUCAGAGUGAUUACCUCCAAGCAGCACUGGUGUCAGUCUUCCAAAUCCACCAGGAAGCACCUUCUUCUCAGGACAUCCUGGUGUUUCUGACUGGUCAGGAAGAAAUUGAAGCAAUGACCAAAACCUGUCGAGACAUUGCCAAACAUCUCCCUGACGGCUGCCCGCAGAUGAUGGUGAUGCCUCUUUAUGCUUCUCUGCCCUACUCUCAACAGCUCCGCGUCUUUCAGGCUGCCCCCAAGGGCUGUCGCAAAGUGAUCCUCUCCACCAACAUCGCAGAAACCUCCAUCACCAUCGCGGGAAUAAAAUACGUUGUGGACACAGGCAUGGUGAAAGCAAAGAAGUACAGCCCUGAAGUUGGUCUGGAAGUGUUGGCAGUCCAGCGGGUGUCGAAGGCCCAGGCUUGGCAACGAACAGGGAGAGCGGGGCGAGAGGACAGUGGGGUCUGUUACCGGCUCUACACAGAGGAUGAGUUUGAGAAGUUUGACAAAAUGACAAUACCCGAGAUACAGAGGUGUAAUUUGGCCAGCGUGAUGCUUCAUCUCCUGGCCCUGAGAAUUCCCAACGUGCUCACCUUUGACUUCAUGUCCAAACCGUCUCCUGAUGCUAUUCAGGCAGCGAUUGAGCAGCUGGACCUGUUGGGAGCUGUGGAACGAAAGGAAGAUCAGCUUGUCCUAACCCCCCUGGGAAGGAAGAUGGCAGCCUUUCCACUGGAUCCAAAGCUCUCUAAAACCAUCCUCCUGUCCCCCAAGUUCCACUGUACAGAAGAGAUCCUGACCAUCGUGUCGCUGUUAUCAGUGGACAGUGUCCUUUACAACCCCCCAGCCCGGCGGGAUGAAGUGCAAUCCGUCAGGAAGAAAUUCAUCUCCAGUGAAGGGGAUCAUCUUACCCUGCUCAGCGUGUACAGGGCCUUCAAAAAUGUCAGUGGCAAUAAGGAAUGGUGCAAAGAGAACUUUGUCAACAGCAGGAACAUGAUGCUUGUGUCAGACGUCAGAGCCCAGCUCAGGGACAUUUGUGUAAAGCUGUCGAUGCCAAUCGAGUCCUCCCGCUCAGACACUGGAAACAUCCGCCGCUGCCUGGCUCACAGCCUCUUCAUGAACGCCGCGGAGCUGCAGCCCGACGGCACCUACAGCACCGUGGACUCUCACCAGUUAGUGGCCAUCCACCCCUCCUCUGUGCUCUUCCACUGCAAGCCAGCCUGCGUGGUUUACAACGGGCUGCUCCACACCAACAAGUGCUACAUGCGGGACCUGUGUGUGGUGGAUGCGGACUGGCUGUACGAUGCAGCGCCCGACUAUUUCCGCAGGAAGCUCCGAACGGCCAAGAACUGACCUGUGGGUCUGGGACCAACAGGUCCAGGGUUUUUAGGCUCACCCUAAAAGACUAUUCUUUGUUUUGUAAUGAAUGUGUGGGAGCAGUAGAGCUUUGCCUUGCAAUUCAGGUAAAAACCUUGGAGGAAAAUGGCUUGUCCAUGAGAGCCAGACUUCACAAGUCUCUGUGGCUUAGAACAAUUAUCCUUUUUAACAGUUAAUCUGUAAAAGAGGAACGUAGUGUGUACUCUGUGUGUGUGUGUAUGUGUGUGUGAUAAAUCUGUACCAGGAGGGAAAGGGAAGCUGGUAUCAGAUCCCAGUUUUUAACACUUACUGAAGUUAAACAGGCUUGUAUAUGCAGAAGUGAAAUCCUAAGAGCUCUUCUGAGCAGACUGGGUAUUUUUGAUGAUUGUGCUUGUAUCCUUAGCAGGUUUUAUUGGGAAAAAAAGAGAAAAAAAUUUUAAAUGUCA